ACUUCCUUGCUUUUUCCUUUACCUCACGAACUACAUUUAACGAAACUUUGGAGUCCGACCAUGAGAGAGAGAGAGAGAGAGAGAGAGAGAGGUGUAAGAAACUGGGAAGAGGAGAUGUUGGCAUUCUGACCUAAAGCUUCGUUGUACUGCGUAAAAGGGAUCUCUUUCUGAUUCUUCUGUAGAUUUCAUCUCUGAAACAAGUGCUAAUACUUCAGCUACAGAUCUCUCUAUUCUGGAUUAAGGGUGGCUUUUGAUCCAGCUUGGUAGUUUUGAUUGACUUGAUCUUAACUCCUUUUUUUAAGAGGUAGUCUCUCCGUAUGCUCACAGUGGUUGGAUAUAGUACAUCAGAAGUUCUCGGAAGAUAUAUAUAUAUAUAUAUAUAUAUAUAUAUAAUUAUUCUUGGGAUCCACCUGCAGAAUGUCAUUCCGCAGCAUAGUUCGUGAUGUGAGAGAUAGUUUUGGGAGCUUAUCUAGGCGUAGUUUUGAUGUCAGACUUACUGGCCAUCAUAGAGGAAAAUCUCAAGGUUCGGUACAAGAUUUGCAUGACCAACCGCUAGUAAUUCAAAAUAGUCGUUGGGCAAGCUUACCCCCAGAAUUACUGUUUGAUAUCAUUAGACGGCUAGAGGAGAGUGAGAAUACAUGGCCUGCUCGAAAGCAUGUUGUUGCAUGUGCUGCAGUUUGCCAGUCUUGGAGGAGUAUGUGCAAAGAAAUUGUUAAGAGUCCAGAGUUAUGCGGCAAACUUACAUUUCCUGUGUCCUUGAAGCAGCCUGGGCCACGGGAUGGAAUCAUUCAAUGUUUUAUCAAAAGAGAUAAAUCUAAUUUAACAUACCACCUAUUCCUUUGUCUCAGUCCUGCUUUGUUAGUUGAAAAUGGAAAGUUCCUCCUUUCUGCCAAGAGGACAAGGAGAACAACUUAUACUGAGUAUGUUAUUUCCAUGGAUGCUGACAACAUCUCUAGAUCAAGUAACACUUACAUUGGAAAGCUGAGGUCAAACUUUCUUGGUACCAAAUUCAUUAUAUAUGAUACACAGCCUCCAUACUCUUCUGCCCAUAUAUGCCCUCCUGGGACUGGGAAAACCAGCCGCAGAUUUUAUUCCAAAAAGGUCUCGCCUAAGGUUCCAUCUGGGAGUUACAACAUAGCUCAGGUAACAUAUGAAUUAAAUGUGCUUGGGACUCGAGGCCCAAGAAAGAUGCACUGCGUUAUGCAUUCAAUACCAGCUUCAGCACUUGAUGCUGGUGGCACUGUUCCUGGCCAGCCAGAGCUUCUUCCCCGUUCCCUGGAGGACUCAUUUCGGAGCAUCUCAUUUUCAAAGUCUCUAGAUCGUUCCAUUGAGUUCAGCAGUUCUCGAUUUUCUGAGAUUGGGGAAUCCUGUAAUGAGGAUGAUGAAGGGAAGAUGAGACCCUUGGUUCUGAAAAACAAGCCUCCAAGAUGGCAUGAACAAUUACAAUGUUGGUGCCUUAAUUUUCGUGGACGAGUGACAGUUGCUUCUGUUAAAAACUUUCAGUUGAUUGCUGCCACCCAACCAGCUGCCGGUGCACCCACACCCUCUCAACCAGCUCCACCAGAGCAUGACAAGAUUAUUCUUCAGUUUGGCAAAGUUGGGAAAGAUAUGUUCACCAUGGAUUAUCGGUAUCCUUUAUCUGCAUUCCAAGCUUUUGCAAUAUGCUUGAGCAGCUUUGAUACCAAAUUGGCUUGUGAAUAGAUAGGUCAUGAAGCAAAGGUCUUUUUAAAUGAGCUAAUCAAACAGUGAUGAUGGUAUCUUUCCCUUUGUUUCUCUUUAAUUUCCCUGUUCUUAUUACCAGUGUCAUGGGAAUAGGCAAAUUGUUGUUACUCAGCUUCUGUAUGACUCAAUUGUAACCGUAGUGCAUUCCUGAUGUAAUAGGAUUUAGCGCAUUUUUAACUUGCAAUGCUGCUGUUUUUUUCUCACUAGAUUCUACCAACAAACUAUCAUUUAACAGAUUGUAGGUUCUGCUGCCAUCUACAUUGUCUGGUACAUGUUUGGUAAUUGAGAGGGACAUAUAAUCUGACACGUGGUGCUGUGUGAUCUUGUAUCUUACAUGGUGGGCACUGAAUAGAUUGGUCAAAUAUUGUUUGGGAAUCAUGAAAAUCGUGGUGCUUCGGGAAAAUUAUGA